CGUGCCAGCCCUGGCCUUGACGCCCGCGCCCGGUGCCGGCCGCGCACGCAGGUGUCCGGACUCUUCUCCUCCAAGCCAGCCGCCGCCUCGCCGCUGCCUGCAAAUGCUCAGCUUCUUCUGGCUGAGGUGUCUUUUAAAAAUGGUCAAGGAGAAUAUUGUAGUCCCUGAAGAGAUCUUGAGCUUCUGUUGCAAUGGCCUCCAGGGCUCGACCUCUCUGCUGCGUGCCCGGGAGCCAGGGGAGCAGGAGGAGGUGCCGGGGGCCAUGGCGAGCCCCUCGCCUGCCCGCAACCCCACCGAGGUGCAGAUGAGCCAGCUGGUGCUGCCCUGCCACACCAACCACCGUGGCGAGCUCAGCAUCGGCCAGCUGCUCAAGUGGAUCGACACGGCUGCCUGCCUCUCCGCCGAGAGGCACGCCGGCUGCCCAUGCGUCACGGCUUCCAUGGAUGAUAUCUAUUUUGAGCAUACCAUUAGCCAGCCCUAUAUAAACCCUCCUGGGCAGUGGGACGGGAAGAGCGGUGUCUGUGUCGGGCAAGUUGUCAACAUCAAAGCCAAAGUGAACCGAGCUUUUAACUCCAGCAUGGAGGUGGGCAUCCAAGUGAGCUACGAAGACCUGUGCAGUGGGAAGCACUGCAGCAUCUGCAAGGCGUACGCCACCUUCGUGGCAUGCGGCCCCUCCGGCAGCAAGGUAAAGCUGAAGCCACUGACCCCGCAGACGGAGGAGGAGAAGAUAGAGCACAGCAUUGCUGCCGAGCGCCGCCGUAUGCGCCUGGUCCACAAGGACACCCUCAAGGACCUCCUCACCCGCAGCCCCCGUGAAACCGAGCUGGAGACGCGGGACGGCAGCGCAGCAGUGCCAGCGGAGAAGACACGGGUGGAGAGCGUGGAGCUGGUGCUGCCCCCACAUGCCAACCAUCAGGGCAACACCUUCGGCGGGCAGAUCAUGGCCUGGAUGGAGAACGUGGCCACCAUCGCAGCCAGCCGGCUGUGCCAUGCCCACCCCACGCUGCGCGCCAUCGAGAUGUUCCACUUUCGGGGACCAUCACAGGUGGGAGACCGGCUGGUGCUCAAAGCCAUCGUCAACAAUGCCUUCAAAAACAGCAUGGAGGUGGGGGUCUGCGCCGAGGCAUAUGGCCAGGAGAUGUCCGUCAGCCGGAGGCACAUCAACAGCGCCUUCAUGACCUUUGUGGUGCUGGACCAGGAGGGCCGGCCCCGCACCCUGCCGAUGGUGGCACCUGAGCCUGGGGAUGGAGAGAGGAGGUACAGAGAAGCCAGUGCUAGGAAAAAAAUUCGGCUUGACCGAAAAUACCUCGUCUCCUGCAAACAGACCGAGGUGCCGCUCUCCGUGCCCUGGGACCAAAGCAACAAGGUUUAUCUGAGCUACAACAACGUCUCUGCGCUGAAGAUGCUCGUAGCCAAAGCGAACUGGGUACUCGCCAGAGAAAAGGAGAAGGUGCGGAUGUACACGCUGGAGGAGGACAAGUUCCUCUCCUUCCGCAUUGAGAUGUCGGUCCACAUCGCCGCCAGCCGAGCCUUCUCCCUGCUCUCUGACCUGCGGCGCCGGCACGAGUGGGACAGCCACUACGCGAGCGCUGUGCUUGUCCAGCAAGUAGACAACGAUGACAUGAUCUACCACGUGGUGAGCCAGACGCUCAGCCAUGAGAACAAGCCACAGGACUUUGUCAUCCUUGCGUCCCGACGGAAACCCUGCAGCAAGGGGGACCCCUACGUGGUGGCCUUUCGGUCGGUGACGCUGCCCACGCACCCUGCCAGCGCUGGCUUCACGCGUGGGGAGACGCUCUGCUCUGGUUUCUGCAUUUGGCCAGAGUCAGAGGAGACGAGCAAGGUAGCUUACUACAACCAGGCUACGCCGGGGUACCUCAACUAUGUCACCACCAACGUGUCGGGACUGUCCUCCAACUUCUGCGCCACCUUUGAAGCCUGUGAGAAGUUCCUGCUGAAGAACAAGGAGGACCUGAUCGUGCGGCUGCAGGACCUCUAGCGCCGUGGCACCCCUGCUGAUGGAUGGACAGGCAGAUGAGGUGGCACCACUGUGGUGGGAAGGGACUUGGGUUGGUGGCGCCCAGACCCUGCUUCCUGGGAGGCUUUGGCCUGAGCGAGGCCCCAGUGGCUGGUGUGGAGGGGCAUCACCGUACCACCUUGCCCCUUGCGCUGAUGUGUCAUGCCUUUUCUUCUUCCUUCUUUUUCUAUUUAGAAAUUUUAUAAGCUGACGUGCAGGACUUGGUUUUCUAGUUCACUUAACACUACUUGAAUCUUUAUACGAUACAAAGUCUUCCUAAAACAGUUUGUUUGUUUUUUACUAUUUCUUUAUGGGGGAAACUGGUUCCCUUUGAGGCAGCAAAGGGAGAGAGGGGACAGUGAUAUGGGCAGGGUGACGUACCCCUCCUCGGUGCAGGGGUGGCCAGCGGAGCAUCCCACUCCCCCCACAGCUGCCCAGUGCUGCUCCUCUUCCUGGCAGGGCUGGCAGACAGCCCCUGCUCCCACUGGGCUGAAAUCCUACCCCAUGGGGCUGUGGAAGGAGUGGCAAUAAAAGUGCAUUAAAAGGAAAAAAAUAUUUGUAUGUGCUCUGGGUGAGCGUCUGCUCCAGGGGUUUGCUGCGUGGCUGGUGAGUGUGGAGUGGAGGUCCAUAUCCCUGUCCCUGGGUGAGGAGGGUGACAGGGCUGCUCAGGGUCACCUGCCCCAAGAGCUGCUGCCUGGGGCUCAGGUGGAAGCAGGGGGUGUCAGCCAGUGCUCUGUGCGAGUGGUUUUUGGGGACUGCCUGGAGGCAUUACCACCACAGCAGGGGCAGCGCAGGCUGGUGGGGACCCAGGGGCUGCCUCUCAUCCCUGUCCACUGGGUGCACCAACACCUUGAGACCUAAACCCCAAACUGCCUCAGGGGCACUGAAAAAGCAAAAAAAAUGCCAAAGCCAAACCUUGUUUCCCUAAGUCUGAGCAAGGCUGCCAAGGACACAGGGAAUAGGUGCAGGCAGAUACUGAAACGCUGAGCCUCAAAGGCUUUGAUAUACCCAUCCCUAAUUGCCCUGAGCACUAAUGACUUGAGUGCCUCCAGGGGUGUUUCCCUACCCCAGCUGCUCUGAUGGCAGCACAGAGCUGUUUUGAUAUCCACAGCAGCAUCCACAGCAGCAGGGGAUGGAGUUAUGACCAUUGCAAAGACCUUGCUGCCAGCCCGCUUCACCCUGAGAUGAUCCAGGAAAGCCACCAAAAUGCGGCACAGGUGACGGUGGAAGUGCUGUUCAUCAGUCACACCCCAGGGGACAUCUGCCCUCUGCCACAGGCGUGCUGAGAGCCCUCUCCCAGGCUUUCCUGUGUCACAUAGCCAGAGGUUUUCUGAUGGCAUUGAGGUUUCUGAAAGGCUUGCUGCCUGCUGGGAAGGGAACGAGCCCAAGCCCGGGAGCCCUUGGGCUUGCAGAGCUUCGGGCACAGCAGAUUUAACAUGGCCCCAGGACAGCGGCCAUGCCCUCGCCUUUGCUAGCAGAGUCCUGGUACGCUUAACCCGGAGUGAGGGGUUUUGCAGAGUUUAACCAUGAUAAGCAAGCAAUGGUGAUGCUGUGCUCGGGGUAAGAUGAGGCUGUGGGGUACCAGAAAUGAGCACAGGGUUUUUUUCCAGGCACCACAGGGUGUUUUCGCCCUCUCUGCAGCACCCAGCCCCUAGAAAGGUGCUUCGCCACCCAAAUUCCCCACUCGGUUUAUAAGCAGAAGGAGCUGCCUGCCCCUCUACCGCAGGCGCCGGUCAGUGGCUCCCCUUCCCGGAGCUGGCUGCAGCCAUAAACCCCUAAUCUCUGCCAUAUCUCUGAUCAUAAACAUCUCCAUGCAAGGCCUGGCACGGCGCUGCCCCGACCUCCCCCUGCUGCACUAUCACCACGAGAUAAAGCUGUCUCAAGCUGAACAUGGUACAAAACAUUCAAUUUUUAUGGAGCCCUCUUAUCUCCCGAAACUCAGAGCAAUCCUGCCUUUUUAUCACCGGGAUGCGAGCCAUCCUUUCUACUUAUCGUUAGAAAUUGCUGCUGCUUGAUUAAGUGGAGGGAAUGAUGUAUUCGCCUGAACAUUAAACUUUAACUGACCUCUC